UAAAGUGGUGGAUGAAAAUCGUUGCUGCAUCGAAGCGUCCACCUUUUUCCCCCCUUUACAAAUCUCACGUUUAGCAUCGUCAAAAAUGGCGAAAUACUGAAGAUUGAAUGCAGCCUGCGGUUUAGUAGACUGUAAGCGGGACGCGCCUUGCACCAUGUCAGCCAACGCUCAGGAUUAUGACUUUGACGAGUAUGACAAACCUGGGAUUGAGCGGUCACGCAGGAGAAGGGGUGAAGAUGACGACCUGGAGAGUGAUUUGGGAGAGGAUUUGUUAGAGGAGGAUUGGCUGUCAAGUAAAAAGAAUCCCUCUGAAGUGUCAGAUGAAGAGCUGAAUGAUGACCUUCUGCAGAGUGACGAUGAAGAUCAAAAUAUGACUGGUCAGGAUGUGAGCCUUAAUGCCACAUACAGCUUGGGCACAUCCUAUGCCCAGCAGGACUACUCGCAGGAAGCAGACUACACAGAUGACGUUGUGAACCUGGGUGCAGAGGGCUGUGAAGAAGGGGAUGUAGAGGAGGAGGAGGGGUACCAGCAAGAGGGCGAACAGGAGUACACCGAGGAAUACAGCCAGGACAACACAGAGCAGCCUGAGGAUCAAAUGGAUUACACUGGAGAUGUAGCUGAGGGUGAUGAUGGCUACCAGGAUGAAGUGCUAGACAUCCAAAUCAAUGAGCCAAUAGACGGUGAAUUUCAAGAUGAUGAAUACCAAACCUCCUAUGCUGAUGAGCCACUGGAUGAACAUGGAGUCCAACAGAGGGAGGCCCCCGAGGAGGAUGAGGGGGGAGAGGAGCAGCAGCAGGAAGAGGAGGAGGAAGACACCGCCGGGGGCUCUCGGGUCUUUGACACAGACGAGGUUGAAAAUGAAACUGUGCCUGAAGAAGAAACAAAGGAGGAAUCAGAUGAAGAGGAAGAGGAAGAUGAAGAGUCUGGCCGCAUACGGUUCAAAUCGGAGAGAAAGGAUGGCGCUGUUGUGCGGUUGGGUGACGCAGGCACUAAAAGAAGGAACAUCCCUGACACACUAGAACUGUCAGAGAAGGCUAAGCAGGAUCUGCUAGAGUUCGAGGAGCAGGAACGGCAGAAGAGACAAAACCGUUAUGGAGGCCGAGGGAGAGGAGGAGGAGGAGGAGGAGGGGGGCGAGGAGGCAGAGGAAGAGGAUACUUCCCUUGUUAUGGAAUGCCAGAUUUUAAAGGAGGAAACAGAGGAAGAAUGCAUGACCAGAGGAUCCCUCUCAUGGGAAACAUGGGCAUGCAGCAGCCAUCCUCCCGAAUGCCUCUUCCUCAUCAGCCUCAUCAGCAGCAACUGCAUUCCCAGCAGCACCACCCUUCACGGCCAAGAGGACCUCCUCCCUUCCAAGAGCACGGGCGCCCGCUGGCCCAGCAGCCCCUCCAACCCCUCAUUCCCCCACACAUGGCUCACCGCUCACCACCGAUGCGGCCCCAGAUGGAGCCACCGUCACGAAUCAUGAGCUCCCCGCCACCCAACUUCCCUCAGCAUCACCAACAGCAGCCUCCACAGCCCAAAAACAUCCAUAUAAACCCCCAUUUUAGAGGCCCUGCCACAUCCUCUGUACAAGUGCCCUUGAUGCCUCCUGCUCAGAGCCAGCCCAGACCUGCUGUGGGUCCUCAGAGGUUCCCUGGACCGGGAGACUUCCAUCAGCACAUGCCGGGUAAUUUUGGUCAGCCCCAGCGGCCCCCUCAUCACAUGGAGCCCUUUCGGAACCAGCCACCUCAAGGCCCCCAGGAUAGAGAGCCCCUCUUUAUGGGAGAGCGCACAGAGUCAACACGGUUUCCAGGGCAGCACAUGUUUGAUCACCAGGGCCCCAACACUCUGAUGAACAGCGGCAAUAACCUCCACCAACAGCAGCUGCCUGGCCCUGGCCAAAUGGGCUUUGGCCCACCAGGACCGGCCUUCAACCAGCCGGGCCAGGGCCCACUAGGACUGUUUCCAAGAGAACCCCCAAGACCCAACCUCCCUCACCACCAAGGUCACCAGGGGAUGGUCGGCAUGAAUCAACAAGGUGGCCCCCCCAACCAGCCCCGGCCCUUCAUGGGCCCUCGACAGCCGUUUGGGCAGGAGGGUAAUCUUUUCCACCCUCCACAAGUCCAAUUUGGGAUGCAGGUACGACUAAGAGGCUUAAUGCAUGGUCCUCCCGUCUCCCAGCUUCAGCAUCAUGACCCCAUGCCAUCCCAUCAGCCCAUGCACCAGCAGCCGCACCAUCAUAGGCAGGACUUAUCCCAUCAUCAGCAGCAACAGCUAAAUCUCAAUGAGCCUCGCCCCAUGAUGCACCAUGGGCAGAAUCCCUUCCAUCAACAGGCGCAUGGUAGCCCCAGGCAUAUGACUCCCCGCCCUCAGAACCCCCAACAGCGCAACAUGUCCAACAGGCAAAGGAUGAACACACCUGUUUCCAAGCAAAUGCAGAUCCUUCCUCAGCGCAACAGCAAUCUACGGGAGCUCCCCGUAGCACCUGGCAACACAACUAUGAACAGUGCCCGCCCCGCCGCCUCUCCUGCCGCCAACCUCAGGCCUGUUGCCAAGGCAACACAGGGGGUGCGUCCCGUGCAGAACACUCAGCCGGUGUUUGACGGUGGCAGAGGAAGAGGCCAAGUUGUUGCCGAGACUUCUUUACAGCCUGGGGGAGCAGGCAGGACAGUGGUUCGCAAGGAAAUCCCAAGCACACCGUCCGGCGAUGCACGACAGGACCCUGAUGAGGAUGAGGACAUGCGGCAGUACCGUCUAAAGAUCGAGGAGCAGAAACGUCUGAGAGAGGAGAUCCUGAAGAGGAAGGAAUUGAGACGGCAGAUGCAGGCAGGUGUGAGGAAGAAGGAGCUGCUAGACAGGAUCAACUCCCAGACGACCACUCCAAACCAAGGCCCGGCUCCUUCACAGACUCCAUCCGUACAACAAAAUCAACAAACCCCACACCCCGUUGUACAACAGCAACCACCACCACAACCAUUACAGCAGCAAGAACAGCAGCAGCAGCAGCAGCAACAACAACAACUACAGCCACAACAGCAGAGAACACAACAGUCCGUAAAUCAAUCAUUAAAGAAUCCUAAUCAAGGCCCCCCCAUUUCUCCUAACGGCGCUGCUCAGACCCCUACACCACGUCCCAAUGUCAAGGCACGCCUGCAGAUGGUGAAGGGUAACAGCCAGCAACAACAGACUCUUGGGCCUGGGCCUGGGCCUGGGCCUGACCAGCAGUGGAAACAGCCCCAACAAAAUCAGCAGCAGCAGCCACCACUGUGGAGGAACAGUGCUAUGCAGAAUGUAAACAGACCCGGCGCUCAAAUCCAGUCUCCUCAGGUCCCCCAAAAGAACAUACCUGUAACUUCCUCAGUGGGCCCUGGCCAGACCCAGGUUCAAGGACCUAAACCUGGGGCUAAAAGAACUGUGAUGCAGCGGGCGAAGAUUUGUGGAGGUGAAGGCCAGCAGGUGCCACAAAAAGUCAGAGUCGUCAAACUUUCAGGAGCGGCUGGAAAGGGGCCUGAGGCCAUGGGCGUCCCAGUGCAGCAACAAGACACCUGGUCGGCAACCCCACUCAACCAGGGCGUCCAAAGGAAGGUUACCAUGACAGGGCAGCAGCAGCAGCAACAGGGACCAGGAGGAACACCGCAGGCUAGCCGAGGGGGCAUGGGCAACCCACAGCAAAAUAGGGUUGUCGUGUCUGGCCGGGGCCGAGGUAGAGGGAGUGGUCAGGUGGGUCGAGGACGUCCAGUGGCCACCAGACAAAGCCAAAGAGUUGCAGAAAGCAAACACUGUACUGUGUCCAUAGAGGGCCUCUCAUCAUCCACAACUGACGUUCAGCUGAAGAACCUUCUCCGGUCCAUCGGCCCAAUAGAGAUGUUCAAAAUGAUGCCCCAGCAGAGGAAAGCGGUUGCCACCUUUUCCAGUCCCCAGCAUGCAGCAAGUUUUCAAAUGAGCUUCCAUAGGCACAUGAUUGAUUUGUCCCACAUUGAUGUGUCGCUGAUUGAUGGAUGAGGAGCACAAUAAAGUGAGGGAGCCCUGUUAUAAGAAGUCACUGUCUCCCAACGUGGGAGCCUCUCAUGUGCAGCUCCAACCUACCGCAGGAACAUUUCUUCAACCCUUUGGGGGCAAUCACAGUCAUCGUUCCUGCACAGAAGCAUCGUUCAUCUCCUAUCAGCUUGGAACAAUGAACACAAAGACAUUAGCUGCGAGCAUGCCUGCGUUUGACUUUGUCUACCAUUGUCUUUUGUUGUAAAAUGGCACUGGAGAGACACUGAACAGUUAACCCUACUUUGAUGUAGUUUGUGAAGAAUGUUUUUGUGCAUUUUACAUGGACACUAAGUAGAACUUAUCAUGGGAUAAUGGUUGCUCCCCCCCUUAAUAAGAUUCAUUAUAAAAAAACAAAAAAGGACAUUUGAACUAUGUAAUUCUGAUCACUUCAUGGUAUUUUCUUUUAAUAAUUUAUAAGUCGCUGUUUGGUUCGGAUGCAGGGAAUGGUUCUGGAAGAUUGCGGCCAGUAUAUUCAUAUAGAAGUGCUGUAGAUGGCAGUAUUUCAUCACUGUUGGUGGAGCUUCAUUUAUUUCUAACCCAAGACGGCUCUCAGAUAGAGUUAUGUCUCCAAGCUGUUUGUGGGGGAAUGGCACUGCCUAGUGGAGAACAUGCAGACAAGCACAGAAGUGGCCUGGGUUGUAUGGAAUGAUUUGAAUAAUAUUGGCAUAGGACACAACAGGACGUGUUUUUCCUGAAUUCCCAUUGGUUUUGGGAAUGGUAAAUGUUGCAACUGGAUUGUGCAGAUUUAGUGGUGCUUAUUGGUUUCCGUGCUGCCUCUUGAUCAGAUUGUUCAGACCACCUCUCUCAUUUAGGUUUGUUCAAUUGAGAUGGACAAUUUUCUAAAUGUUGAUAGGUCUUUUAACUGAUACCUGGAAUGCAUUUUUGGAAAGAUCUUUCAUACCUUUUUGAUGUAUAUUUUAGUUGUUUGUCCUAUUAUGGAGUAGUCAUGGGUUUAGAUUUCUAGUCUGUGGCAAUUGUGCUUUGAGGAAGUACAAAUAUCCUUUUUUUGAAAGUUUUUAUGAAUUGUUGGGAAUUUAAUACUUGUCUUAUUUGGUAGAUCCAAGAGAAUUGCUUACAUUUCUCUUCAGAAUACACACAUUUCUGUGAUUUUUUACUAAGAUACACAUUUUGCUUACUCCUUUCUGAAUGAAACUGGUACAAUUGGUCCAAUUCCAUGUCAGUUGAUAAUUUGGUGUCUUAUCACUGAGCUGUAUAGUGUACCUUGAAUAGCACUUUGAACAACUUGCCUUCUCAUACUAGAGAUGUUUGGCUGAAACAGAACAGAAAAACCCCACAAUGGUUAUUAUUAAAUUCUUCUCAUUACACUAAGACAUCCUCUGCUAAGUUUGGACUCUGUAGGACACAAAAAGUCACAAGGUGUGUUGGAAGUGGUUACUACAGGCACUUAUGCAUCACUUUAUUUUAAUUUUCUCUUAGCACGUGCCCUUGUUUGGGAAGUGCUACCACAUCAUUGAAAACCUUGAAUUCUCUAAAUAAUACAUUUCAGCUUUCAGUUUGAUUCCAUUAGACGUCAUUAAACCAAAUACAGCAAGAUAUGCUUCACUUUUCCGUCAUUGAUUAUACAGUAUUAGUUUGUUUUUGUUUUUUUACUUUUUCCGUAAUAUUUUUGCCUGUUCCGGGAUUAAAAUUAGUCAAAAAUGAACAUUGUUUAUCCGUGUUUUAUAAAAACUCAAGCUCAGAAGUGAAUUUGGCAUUCAUCAUCAAUAGGAAGGUGAGGGGGCAACCAUUAUGUGUCGUGAUCAUGUACAUAAGUAGACCAGGUGUUUCACUUAAUAUUUAUCCUGUUAACUUUUUUUUGUUUUUUUUGAGUUACUCUUUACUCAUGUUGUAUCAAGUUAAAACUUUUAUAUGUAAGGAUAUGCUGAUGUGUCCAGACAAAAAUAAUUUUACUAGUGUUUUGUUUCUAAUUUCAAGCCAAAAUGAAAAACGACUGGACCACAUUUCUGUUUAUAAAACUUUUGACAAAAAGUUCAAGGGAAAGCAAGAAAACAAUAAAAACAUGGCCAAUAUACCGUGAACAUGCAGGUAUGUGAAGCCGGUUCAAACUUAGCCCAAAUAUGUGUGGUUGUGUGUGAUGUCCAUGUGUCUGAUGCGUUUACAAUGAAGUAUCUUUUAUUAUUUGAACUACGUUUUAUUAAUUUAUACUUUUUUAUGUAUUUUAUAAGGUCCUGGGUACUCACUUUGCAGUACAUGCUUUAUACUUUAUACACAACUCAAACACCUUGUGCCUAAUUCAGAACUUUUUAAGAAUUUAUUCUAGUUUCUGACACUAGUGAUUAUAUGGCAGGAAAUACUACCUCAUAUAGAUGAAGGGGAAUACCACUAAAUUUUAGUGUUGAACUUAUUUGCUACAUUGUCAACAAAAGUAAUAUUUUCUUGCCUGUUUUACCGUGAUGCCAUACUAAUGUACAGCUCCAGACAGUAUAGGACAUGCAAAAGGUCAAAUAAUUAUGAAACAGUAGCUUAAACAGUUUUACCAGGCUGUCUUUUUGGGUUAGCACAGACUAUAUUGCAAAUAUAUUUAUAUAUAGUUUCCACAAAAGAUUUUAUUUACAGUCAGAAAAUGACCUUCUGUCCAUGUGGAUGACAUCACAGAUAAAGUUCUUGGUUCUCUGGUUUGGAGACUUGAGAAAGCGUUCAUAUUCUCAAGUACCAAUUGGCCUCUAUGAUUGCCUGCAUGUGUAAACUAAACUUGUAAAUUUAGUGGUAUUCACCUCUAAAUUAGCCAUUACUUGAAAAAUCCACUAAGUUAAAAAAAUUAGCUACACAUUCAAGAUCACCGCAUUCUCAACAUGCUUUAGUAUUGGGAUAAACGAGGUGUCUGAAAAUGUUGAAACUCCUUAAAUUCCUUAAGUCCUUGUACAACUUGAGGUUAAGUGGUUCCAAAUCUUUUUGUAUGUUGUACAGUUGUUCUAAACUGACUUCUUUGUGUUUUAUUCCUUUUUGUUUUGAGUUGAACUGAUGUAGAAGUUUUUGUUCCCUAGCAUUGUGUAUUUGCUGUCUUAAAUGUUGUGCAUUACACUUAAUAUUUAGUGCUGUGGUAAAUCCUGUGGAUUUGAAAAAGUAUCGACAAUGCCAGUCAAAGUAAUAUUGUUAUAAGACACUUGGUCUUGUACUACCAGAACAGAUUCAUAUUGAAUCUAUUGUACCUUAAUUUUAAGACUUUCUGACAUAUAUCUUGAACUUUAAGAUAUGUUUUCACUGUAAUUUCAGUAGACUGUUAAAGGAGUAGUAAGAUCUUGCCUCAUGCUUGCAAUAGGCAAAAAUCUUUAAUUCAAAAUGGCUUAUUUUCUGUGAAAUAAGUUCAUUUCUAAGUUGUCAAUGGGGCUUUUCUUGUGCUUGUAUAAGACACCAUCAUGGCUGUGAAUGACUAGUUUCUCACUGGUUAUACUGGCAUUGGGUCAAAAGAAUUUUAUACACAGCGCUAACUUACAAUAUUUUUUCAACAGGUCUGUUUGGAGAAUCGGAGCGUUGACAUCCUGCUGAAAUAACCAUUUCACUCUUUCUGUUUCUUUAGGUCACAUUCUCUUAAACAGAAGCGAUACAAGCGGGCAUCAGUGUGGUUGCUAGCUUGAAGUUUCUGUUCCUUUGAAAGUGACCAUACUAAGGGUUUAGCAUGUUUUAGCCAAUCAACAUAUUGGGUUAUAAAUGGGUUAUAAUUUGCUACUAACCACAAAUUAUAGCACGUUUAAAUACAUUUCCCAAAGUAAUGUCAGUUUCUUUAGUUGCAGCUUGUAGAAACUCAGCUUUAUUUAUUUGUUUAUUUAUUUAUUUUUGUCUAAGUUAAUUUAUUAUUGCAUGGUAACGUAGUUGACGGUUAUUCUUGUGCAAAUCUCCAACACCUCAAACUUAGGUCAGGCAGUUUAUGGUUAAUGCAAACAAAAUCUAGCAGCAGUUUGUACCUCUUUUGUAAUAAUUUAAAGUUCAAUUUUCACAAAAAUAUUAUUAUUUAUCCAACUUUUGCUGUCUUUAUUUGGUUAAAGUAAUUGUAAAACUAUUCUGUACAGUACACCAGAUAGAUUUAUUUUUUUUAUUUUGUCUUUGUUUUUGCAAAAGUAGCAAAUAAGUAUUUUCAAAAUUAAGUUCUUUGGUUUAUUUUAAAUUCAACUGGUGGCUUAAAUUUGUGACUCUUAAUGUGUGUUUAAAAGCUGAAAGAUUGAUUACACAAGAGGAACAAACUGGUGUAGAGCUAAGACAUGUAAAACCAAUGGUAUGGUCCUUUUAAGAUUGUCAGACUGUAAUUAAAGAUUAAAAGGGUAGGAUGGUGUGUUUUUGUGGAAAGAUCACUGGUAAAAAUAAGCUGUUGCUCAAGUUUACUUUAAAAAAAACCCCCACUUUGAUAGACUCCUGGUAUAAUCACUUUGUUGGAGGUUGUAGCUGUACAGAUGCGUUUUGGAUGGCGCUCGUGAGAUGUUUCUUGUGAAAACACACCUGAUGUGACCACUUCUCACCACAGAUGUCACCAAAACAGAAUGAUUAACACAAAUUGCUUAACAAAACUUUCCCUCAGCAUACAUGAAAAUGGUGUGAUGCUGCUUUGUCAUUUUUCCUGUCUUUUUCAAAAAAAUUUAACUCUAACACUUUCAGUCCUUUUACAGCCACGCUGCCCCGGACCUUGGAAAGAAGAUUUCAUUUUUCAUUUCUUUAUUUCCCUCACUAAAUAGCUCUUGCUGCAUUCAGACUAUGGGACGCACCACAUUUCCUAUCAUCACUGCUUUCCCCCUGCUAUCACUGUUCUUCCAACUUGCAUAUAUUUGACAGUUGCUCAUCUUUUCUUUGAAUGAACUUAAGACUUCUGUAUCAAGCAGGGUGGCCUACCUGGAUUACCAUUGUUUAUUAGCCCAGUGGAUGGAGGUUUCCAUCUCUGUGACGACAGCCGGGUUCAUAGAGCAGACACGUAACUCUAAAGCCGCUUUAUGGCUUUCACUCCACCAAAGGUCAUCCCCACUUCUUGACAUUCAUUAUUUGGUUGGAUUUUGAAAAAGACACUACAAUUGUUCCCUCAUCUGGAGCAGUAUGGUGUGCCAAAUAAUGACUCAAACUGUUGAAAAUCCAACCUCUUGAGUUUUGACUGAGACGGUUGACAAACCAUUCUGUCAUGUGUGUUCACACUUUGAUGUAUGGCAUGAAGUAAUCAUUUGUUUGCUUCCUUAUGUUGGAAAACUCACAAAUCAAUGUGCAAUUUGUUCAGAUGUUGUAAAUGAUGUAAUUUUUUUAAUACGCUGGAAUCAUUUUAAAAGAAAUUCAAUAUUUUUU